AUGAUUUAUCACCCCCUGGACAGCACUUUGAAACUCAUUCUUGGGCACCGCGAUGGUCCUCCCGAAAGAACCAGGAAGAUUCCUGAGGACCUUGUCCCGACUGCAGCCCACCUGAGGGCACCCGUGCACCCCGACGUGAUUUCUGUCGCCCCCUCAAUUGUGGUUCUUGAACUAAGCACCUAUCAAAGCCUGGUCCUCUCCGUGUGCUUGGAUGGUUGCUGGCUGGAGCUCACCGAGCACCAGCUCACACCGCUCCGCCGCUGGGGCCGAGACCACCCGCCACUCACCUUCCCUGUGCGGGUGGGUGCUGAGAGUCCCCGGCCGUGGCUGCCACCCUGUAAUCCGCUUUCGACGCUGUUUACACUCUCAGAGCAACACCCCCAGCGGAAGGACUACCGUGCCUGUCAAGAGACAAAACAGAUCUGGUCGGGGAGGGCUUGGCACCCGGGCACAGCAGGCUUAUUGAACGAGCUCGGCAGGCAGAAUCCCCUGAACGCCUCCACAGACGGCUGGCGGUUUCCAGCUAGGAAAGCCUUGCGUGAACAGAACAAAACAGAGCUAAGGAAGGGUCUGGUUUUACUUGUGGCCGUUUCCAGUGCAUUUGAAUUUGGACUCAUUGCUGGGUUGGGCCACCGUGGGCCGGCUGCUAUUCCAUCUCCGAGAGACCUGGCCAUCAGAGAUAACAGCCUUCGGAACCAGGAAGAACCUGCGUUACGAUCUCGCUCUUUCCAGUUUGUGCCUCCCAUGGGGAUAGAGAACAGUAAGUUGCUUAAUAAAACUUGCUGCCUGAAUGGAGGGACCUGUAUCCUGGGGUCCUUCUGUGCCUGUCCACCUUCCUUCUAUGGACGCAACUGUGAACGUGACGUACGAAAAGAGCACUGUGGGUCUUUCCUCCACGGCACCUGGCUGCCCAAGAAGUGUUCCCUGUGCAGGUGUUGGCAAGGCCAGCUCCACUGUUUUCCUCAGACCUUUUUACCUGGCUGUGGUGGUCAUGUGAUGGACCGGGAUCUCCCAGCAUCCAGGACUCCAGGACGAGCACCGUCUGUGCUGACUACUUUCAUGCUGGCUGGCAUUUGCCUUCUUCUGGAAAUGAAAGUGUAGCUGUCUGUCAUAGGAACUCAAUGCCAGCAUCCUAACAAAGAUGAUCAUUUGUCACUGAUUUGAAGUAAUGCUCAUAGUGAUCCCUGACACCCCCCUCAACUCUAACUAGGCCUCACCUCUGCACAGCUCUGCCCCUGUGCUGGCAGUCAAAGCCAUAGCCUGUGUGUGCCAAGCGCUCUAACACUGAGCUACAUCCCCAGCCUAAAAGCCAUUCUACUUAAAAACUGUACCACAGGGUGGGGAUUUAGCUCAGUGGUAGAAGGCCCUGGGUUCAGUCCUCAGCUCCGGGGGUGGGGGAGCGGAACCAUACCACAUGGCCACAUCCUGUGGGUUUUUUUUUUUUUUUUUAAUUUAUUUUAUUUUUAUUUUAUGUGCAUUGGUGUUUUGCCUGCAUGUAUAUCCGAGUGAGGGUGUCUGUGCCCUAGAACUGGACUUACAGGCAGUUGUGAGCUGUCAUGGGUGCUGGGAAUUGAAGCUGGGUUCUCUGGAAAAGCAGCCAAUGUUCUUAACCACUGAGCCAUCUCUAGCCCACAUCUUGUGGUUCUUGAUAAAAGUAAUUCUUAACAUUUCUUGCUAAUACUUUUAAGCAGUUCUUAAGAUUAUUAAAUCCUGAUAUGUAACUGAGAGUAAAUUCAGAGUAGGUGAAAAUUAGUUAAGAAUUUUAACUAUU